GUUGUCCGGAGCUUCAUUAGCUUGGAAAGAUUUGCCGUCUUCCUAGUCAAUGUGCACAACGCGUGACAGGGCAUUUUGAGAGUCAUUUGAGGGCUUUCAGUGAAGGCCAUUCAAUUCUAAAUCGUCUUUCUUCGUCAAACGACCGAAGCAAUUGAGCACCAGUUGAGGGUUUGAUUGCUUUUCGCAUUGGCAUGUAAUCAGCGCAGGAAUCAUGCAGUUGGAGAAAAGCGUAUGAAGCGAUUACAGUCACAAGAGUCAACUGUAUUUGAGGGUUUAGGUUAUAAUACUCUCAGAUUCAAAUCAACAGUACUCUGUAUGGACCAUACAACAUAGUAGCCUAUGAACGAUGUCCUAGCGCAGUGGGAAUUGCGGCAUGUUAUUAAGACGAACGAGGUGAUACAUUCUUCAGGAACGAAGAAGCGAAGAGUUAAAUAUGCUUGCUUUUGCUCUCUUAAGGCAGGCUAGUCGACAGACCCUUGGAUCGCCUGUCCGAAAUCUUACAUCUCUGAGGGGAUAUCCAGGGAGUUACUCGCUCGUGCAGGCUGGCCGAGAGGGCUUGACUUCACCUCUUCGAAGUUUCUUAGCUCCGAGGAAAUCGUCUCUAUGGAGUCCUAUGCUUUUGCAGGCUGCCAAGGCUGGCCAACAGGGUAUAGCUGUACCAGUGCGGAAUUUUUCUUUGUCGAGGUGGUCUAAUAUAGUCCGUGCCAAGCUGGGGAGCAGCAGAGGCUAUGGAAGUGGGUAUGGCGGCUACGCGGGCGGGAAUGCCCAGCGCGUAGUGUGGGGAUUGGUUGGAGUGAACCUUGCGGUAUUUGGAUUGUGGCAGUUUGCUGACCGCAAGUUUAUGACGAACAAUUUUAUGGUAUCCGUGAACUCUGUUCUGAGUGGUCGAAUUCAUACAAUUGUGACCUCAGCAUUCAGUCAAGCAAGUUUCAACCAUCUGAUUAUGAAUAUGUUGGGACUUUACUUCUUCGGAACAGAAGUUGCACAGAUUUUUGGCGGGCGUUGGCUGCUAAAUUUAUACUUAGUCGGUGGAAUUGCGGGCUCUAUUGGUCAUCUUGUGUAUUGCGCCUUCGUGAUACCUUGGCUUGAAAACAUUCCACAGCACCGCUUCAAUGCGCGCUACACACCAAGUGCGCUAGGCGCCAGCGGUGCAGUUAAUGCGAUCGUGUUGCUUCACAUCCUUCUCUUCCCGUCUCGAACUAUAAUGGUUAACUUCUUCAUCCCCGUCCCUGCUGCUCUCUUUGGAGUCUACCUGAUCGGUUCCGACGUCUGGCAAGCUCGCAACGAAGGCUCCCGCACUGCCCACGCUGGUCAUUUGGGAGGUGCAUUGGUGGGUGCUUUGGCGUGGCUCAGGGUUCGCAGACGAUGGUGACGACUGUAGAGCUUCUAAAUCAUUUCGGUGACGACUGCCAAGUGCUUCUUCUCUCUCUUCCGUAUGAUGCUGAUUCAUCCUCCCUUCAGAUCAUUGUUUAAAGGCAUGAGAUUUAUCUUGAAAUAGUUGACCAGUUGUCUUCCCGAUAUUGCAGCUUGUGUGUUCGGAUUGUUCCAUUUGUCUCACGUGAUGCAGUUCCAGAAGUAGAGGUUAGCGUCCCAGUGGCAAUUUUGCAAGCAUAAUGUUGCUUGUGUUAACGUAAUGACAGGAAUUAGGACUGAAUGCCGCUCCCAGUUUUAGAACUAAACUUGAAUGGAGGCUUGAUUGUGAUGUCCCUCUUGUUUUUCUAGAAUUAUUUUCUGCAUCAAUUUGUGUCUUGUUUCA